GGUCCGGGGAGAGCGGAUAUAGUGAAUGCGGGGUCCGGGGAGAGCGGAUAUAGUGAAUGCGGGGUCCGGGGAGAGCGGAUAUAGUGAAUGCGGGGUCCGGGGAGAGCGGAUAUAGUGAAUGCGGGGUCCGGGGAGAGAGCGGAUAUAGUGAAUGCGGGGUCCGGGGAGAGCGGAUAUAGUGAAUGCGGGGUCCGGGGAGAGAGCGGAUAUAGUGAAUGCAGGGUCCGGGGAGAGCGGAUAUAGUGAAUGCGGGGUCCGGGGGAGAGCGGAUAUAGGGAAUGCGGGGUCCGGGGAGAGCGGAUAUAUAGGGAAUGCGGGGUCCGGGGCAGCCAUCAAAUGCUGAAUUUCAGCAACAAUAACAAGCAAUUUAGUAAAAGCAUGAAUGUUAUACAUAUACAGCAACUUAUAAUCCUGGAUAGAACAG